AUGACAACACCGUUCAGGAAGCCAGAACCUUUGAGAAACGUAACCAACAAGGUCGAUAAGGAGUCAGAAAAGACUGCAGUACGUUUGAACAGAAUGGAAGAGCUGAUGUACAAACAACAAAAAAUAGGUGAUGAAUCGCAGAUAGUCAUGGUUGACAAGUACUCAGAUGACAUUUUCAAAUAUUUCCUGUCAAUUGACAAGCCAUACACAUAUGCAAACGAAGGUGUUCCUUGGAAAAUGAGGAGCUUACUCGUCGAUUGGAUUAUAGAUAUACACGAAAAGCUUGGAAUGUGCCAUGACACGCUGUUUCUUGCAAUCAAUUUAAUAGACAGGUUUCUUGGCCUCAGAGUGAUUCCUAGUUCGAAGCUUCAACUCGUUGGAAUCUCGGCACUCAUGAUAGCCUGUAAGUAUGAGGAGGUGGUGUGCCCUGCACUCCAAACAUUCGUGCUGCUCACCGAAAAGACAUUAACAGAUGAAGAGGUACGAAAGGCAGAAAAGUACAUGCUACACACCUUAAACUAUGAUCUGCAAUAUGUGUCGCCUUUGAACUUUCUCAGAAAAUGCUCAAAAGCCAACAAUUACGAAAUCAAUAGUAGAAUGGUUGGCAAGUAUUUGCUAGAGCUGAUGACUCUUUAUGAAGAGUUCCUGGCAUUCAAAGGAUCCAUAAGGGCUGCAACUGCAAUGUAUCUUUCAAGGAAAAUGACCUCUCAGGACCAAUGCAAGAACCUAUUCGUGAUUUACUCAGGGCACACAAAAGAAGACAUACGAGAAUGCUUCAACGCCCUUGUGCAUAUCAUAGGCGAAGACAUCCCCUUUGAAAACAUACAGAACAAGUAUAACCUGCCAAAAUUCUUCCAUGUGUCGUCGUUUACCAAGGAAUAUUCAAAAAAACACUUCAGAUAG